AUGGCUGGCGCCAAGAUCGAUGGCACUGCCAUCGCGAAGAGCAUUCGCCAGGGCUUGAAGGCCGAGAUUGAGCAGCUUCAAGCGACGAACCCUCGCUUCAAGCCCAACCUUAUCAUCUUCCAGGGCAAGCAGUACACCCCUCGAUCGGCAAUCGAUCGGAUUCCAGUGGGCACCUAUGUGCGCAUGAAGCUGAAGGCUGCUCAAGAGGCCAACAUUAUCUGCACUUUGAUCAAUGUCCCCGAAUCGAGCACCGAGCUGGAGCUCAUCCAGGAGAUCACCAAGGCUAACAAUGACCCCGCCGUCCACGGUAUUCUCGUCCAAUUGCCCCUCCCCAGUCACAUGUCCGAGCAUACGAUUACCUCGACUGUUGCCGAUGAGAAGGAUGUCGAUGGAUUUGGCGCAAUCAACAUUGGAGAACUGGCCAAGAGGGGUGGUCGCCCAUUGUUCGUCCCAUGCACCCCUCUGGCGGUCAUGGAGCUGCUCAAGGCUAGCGGCGUGGACCCUGCAGGCAAGGAGGCUGUUGUUCUAGGACGCAGUGACAUCGUCGGCAGCCCUGUCAGCUACUUGCUUAAGAACGCCGAUGCUACUGUUACUAUCUGUCACUCCAAGACCCCCGACAUUGCUCGCGUCGUGAAGAAUGCGGACAUCGUUGUGGCCGCCAUCGGCCAGACCGAGAUGGUCAAGGGUGACUGGCUGAAGCCCGGUGCUGUGGUCAUUGAUGUCGGUAUCAACUACAAACUUGACGCGACCAAGAAGUCUGGCGAGCGCCUGGUCGGUGAUGUUGAGUUCGAAACUGCUGUCGAGGUGGCCUCGCAAAUCACUCCGGUCCCCGGUGGUGUUGGUCCUAUGACCGUGGCUAUGCUGCUGAAGAACGUGGUCCAUGCCGCCAAAGGCUACUUUGAGAAGCAGAAGAACCGCCAUGUUACUCCCCUUCCCAUUCGCAUUCAAAACCCUGUACCUUCCGACAUUGCUAUCUCUCGGGCACAAUAUCCCAAGCCCAUAACCCAGGUUGCCUCCGAGGUCGGCAUUGCUCACCACGAGUUGGAGCCGUACGGCCACACCAAGGCUAAGAUCAGCCUCAGUGUUAUGGAGCGACUUGCUCAUCGCCGCAACGGAAGAUACAUCUUGGUUUGCGGCAUCACCCCCACCCCUCUGGGCGAGGGCAAGUCCACCACCACAUUAGGUCUGACCCAAGCCCUGGGCGCCCACCUCAACCGCAUAUCCUUUGCCAACGUCCGUCAGCCUAGCCAGGGUCCCACUUUCGGUAUCAAGGGUGGUGCUGCUGGUGGAGGUUACAGUCAGGUUAUUCCCAUGGACGAGUUCAACCUCCACUUGACUGGUGACAUUCACGCUAUUACCGCCGCCAACAACCUUUUGGCUGCGGCCAUCGAGACUCGCAUGUUCCACGAGUCCACCCAAAAAGAUGGUCCUCUGUACAAGCGUCUCGUUCCUGCCAGCAAGGGCAAGCGCGAGUUCAAGCCCAUCAUGUUCCGCCGCCUGAAGAAGCUUGGUAUUGAUAAGACUAACCCUGACGAUCUUACCGAGGAGGAGAUUGGCCGCUUUGCCCGCCUUGAUAUCGACCCGGAGACUAUCACUUGGCGCCGUGUGCUCGAUGUCAACGACCGACACCUGCGCGGCAUCACUAUUGGCCAAGCUCCCACUGAGAAGGGUCUGUCUCGCGAGACCGGCUUCGACAUCUCCGUUGCCAGUGAGUGCAUGGCUAUCCUCGCUCUGAGCAACGAUCUGGAUGAUAUGCGCGAGCGUCUUGGUCGUAUGGUCGUUGCCACGUCAAGGAGCGGUGACCCCGUGACUUGCGAUGAUAUUGGUGCCGGCGGUGCCCUCGCCGCCCUGAUGAAGGAUGCCAUCAAGCCCAACCUCAUGCAGAGUUUGGAGGGUACCCCUGUCAUGGUGCACGCUGGUCCCUUCGCCAAUAUCAGUAUUGGCGCCAGCUCUGCCAUUGCCGACAAGCUUGCUCUCAAGCUGGCCGGUACUGAGCCUGAUGAGGACCAUGAAGAUAAGACCGGCUUUGUGGUCACUGAGGCUGGCUUUGACUUUACCAUGGGUGGUGAGCGCUUCUUUAACAUCAAGUGCCGCUCCUCUGGCUUGUCCCCGGACACUGUCGUCAUUGUGGCUACGGUCCGUGCGCUGAAGGUUCACGGUGGUGGCCCCGAGAUCAAGCCCGGUGCUCCCCUCAACGAGGUGUACCGCACCGAGAAUGUGGACAUCCUCCGCAAAGGCUGCAUUAACCUCCGGAAGCACAUUGCCAAUGCUAAGCAGUACGGCAUUCCUGUCGUGGUCGCAAUCAACAGAUUCGAGACCGACACCGAGGCUGAAAUCGCCGUCAUCAAGGAGGAAUCGAUCGCUGCUGGUGCAGAGGAUGCCGUCCCUGCCAACCACUGGGCCGAGGGUGGAGCUGGUGCCAUUGAUUUGGCCAAGGCUGUCAUGACCGCCAGCUCCAAGGAGAAGGACUUCAAGCUUCUCUACGGCCUGGAUGGUAGCAUCCAGGAGCGCAUCGAGCGCAUCGGCCAGGCCAUGUACGGCGCUGACAAGGUCGAAUUCAGCGAGCUUGCGCAAAAGAAGGUCGAUACAUACACCAAGCAAGGAUUCUCCAACCUGCCGAUCUGUAUCGCCAAGACUCAGUACUCACUCAGUCACGAUCCAGCCCUCAAGGGCGCCCCCACCGGCUUCACUGUGCCCAUUCGGGAUGUCAGAUUAGCGGUGGGUGCUGGAUAUCUCUACGCUCUGGCCGCUGACAUCCAGACCAUUCCCGGACUGCCCACUGCCCCCGGCUACCUUAAUGUGGACAUUGACACAGAGACCGGUGACAUCGACGGGAUGUUCUAG